AUUAACUUCUACUUAUUUAUUUGUUACACUAGCAUAUUUCAAACUUGAAGUACAAAAACCAUGUUUUAUCUGUUGCUUGUUGAGCUAAAAUUCCUUAGGAUAUUGAGUGUUUCUUUUAUUUGCCACAAUGCCUUUCAAUGUGGUCCUUCGGUGUGGAUGGAGGAGUAAAUUAUAACAAAAUGUCUAAUUUUUAUAUUUGUAUGCUAUCUUGCUGAAAGUAUUUGUCUGUAAACUAGUCCUAACGAACAUGUUCCGCUUGUCCCUUAGUCGAGAUGAUGAAUCCAUUUACAUUAUGUGUUUGUGAAACUAAUUACUGUGGGGAAUGUUCAAUUUCAUGUCAUCACUUGUUUCAUUUUAUUACCAAUGCAUCGAAUUUGGUACCGACUUGAUCAUCUUAAUUUGUUUUCUUAGUCAUACACGUCUAGGGUCUUUGAAAACCUGUGUAUAUGAAGGUGUGAGGAAUGCGUCUCUUUCAAAUUCAUCUGUAAUAGAUAUUAGUGAACUUGUCAAAUGCGGACAUUGUACUGACAACAUAUGAUGUGCUUAAAGAGGAUUUAUUGCACGACUCUGAUAGGCAUGAAGGUGAUCGGCAUUUCCUGAGACUCCGGAAGAGGUUCUUACAAACCUUGCAAUCUGUUAGCUUAGAGAUAGCUUUUCUUUUUCCUCUUUGAAAUCGGCUUGUAUUUGCGUUCUUUUCAUUUAUAUAAUAUUUGUAUGCUGGGAAAAUAUUAGUAUUUAGUUUCUGAUCUAUGCAGAGAAGAGAUGUAGGAGCUAUGGAAUUUACCCAUAAGUUCUUCAAACAAAUGUUAUCCUUCACCUUCAUCUAAGAGUCAAUUCUUCUCGAAGCAUUAGCUACAAUGUAUAAUCACAAGAAAAUCUGUCUUUAAGUUCUCUUCAUGUUUGCUUCAAUUUUAUUUGCACGCAAAUUUAGUCUAGCCUCCUAAUUUUCCCACUAUUAUCUUAUUCUCAAUGUCAAUUUACUCUAUUUUAAAGUAUGAUUUUAUUAAGAUUUUUUUUUAAUUUUUUAAAAAAUCGCAGUUACAAGGGUUCUUUUGGUUGCGGAAAUUAUGUAUUUUUGAUCUAAGGUUACCUGAGGUGAUGUUUUAAUGCUGAUAUUGCCAAGGAUAUGUGGUUUUACUUUUACUGAUUUUUGUUAAAAGGUUAAAGUAAUUGUGAUCAUCCUUUUCUACUAACAUUUUCUUCAGUUUGGCCAGUCGGGUCUUGAAUUUAUUACUAGAUAUGUUAGUUUUUUCUGCAUCUUUAUAUUUUGAUGUCUUUGUUUGAAUUUUUAACCAUGUUUAAAAUUUCAUCUCUUGUCAAUAACUGUUAAUUUGUGAAAACUAUGCGUGCAUGAUUUUGCAACUGUUAUAGAGUCAAUUCCAGUUUCAGUGAUGCUCCACUGAAGAAGUUGCCAUGUUUUUCUGCUAUAUAUAUACAGUCUCAAAUAAAUUGAAAUGAGGCUGGUUUAUCUUUAUGUGCUUCAUACAUACUCGAGCUUUCUGUUGGAGUGAUUUUGUCUUCAAUUGCGUAGCUGCAUAUACUCUCUGUUUUUCAUGUUAAUUGUUAGAUUAGGGUGUUUAAUGUCAACUUUUUGUAUGUUGACAACCUGUUUAAUGUCAACUUUUUAUAUCAUUACUCUAUUCAAUUGCGUAGCUGCAUAUUCUGCUCUCAACUUUUUAUAUGCUGUUUAAAAGAGAUUGAUCCAAUGAAGAAAAUAUAUUUAAUUAAAUCUUUUUUUUCUCCAUUUUAUGAGGAUGUAUGUAGAUGAUUUUAACAAGGCAAGGCAAUAUGGUUGUUUCUUGAUUGAGCACACAAUAUUUCAAUUGUUCAAAAGAUGGAAAGAACUUGAAAUUGGGAGGUUGAGCACGGGAUAUGGUUUAUUGCAGCUCCCUGCAAUGCCCGAGGUAAAGCACUACUCGCUCUCAAUUAUUGGUUUUACUCCAGCUGAACACAUCAAAUGGGAGGAGAUCAAGUUCAAGGAUAAGUCUUGCGAGAAACAACGGAAAAAGAAUUUGCUAAUAAAGAAAGAAAAGGAACAGCAAGAACCGAAGGCCCAGAAGCCGAAAAAGGACCUCUAUAUAUGCUGCCUCCACCGUAACGAGGAAAAUAACAGGUAAGCAAAGACAAGUCCAAACAGCUGAAGAUGAAGACGAUAUGGCACGAGAAUAUCUGUUGCUGAUAUAGCUAAAGAAGGGGACUAUUGGUGAAAACGAGUUUGCGAAGUUAACAGGAACAGAAGAUUAUCUAUAGCGUGCAUGGUAAGCAAUCGUCUGUUUGUGUUUUGACAUGUUCAGCUUUCUUGCUCGGAGCUAAUCGAAAAGGUUUCAAAAUAUGGAAGCAAGUUUUGAAGAUUUGCAUUCUUUUUAUGCGAAAUUUGAGGCGUUUAUAUCGUUAUAUUUAUCUUGACAAGAACAUCCUAACAAUUGAAUUGUAUAUUUGAAGGUAGUUGUUACUAAUGUACUAAACAAAACAGACAUUUUUGUAGUUGUAGAAAUGCAGUUUUGUUCGUGUCGCUAGUAAUCCGGUAAUCAACAUUUACUAGAAUGAGAGUUUACGUAAUGCAUUAGAUAUUUAAUUAUUGGAGUUAAAGUAUAAGUUAUUUUUUAUGUAAUACACAGGGAUACUGCUUUAGCUAACUAAGAUCAUCUUCAAUCUAACAUGAUAAGCUCUCAGAAUGUGGAAAAACUAUCUCCAAAAGGCUCUUCUAAAAUUAUCAACCUCUAGUUUAAAUGAAAAAUGGCCAAAAGAGAAAAAAAUAAUAAUCUAUGUUGGUCUUUUCAAAAUUAAAUGGCCAAAAAUUCAAAUAACUAUAAAAAAAAUUAGAAUAUUUGGGUUGAACCAAAAACACUGACCCACGUGUGUGUGUUGGUAGCUUUUGUUAGUCGGUGUAAAAGUAUGUGAAAGUAAUUGCUAGUGUUCCAUUAAACAUUAAUACUCCACAUGAAACGGUAUCAUAUACUAUAAUUAAAUGUCACUUUUCAGCUUAAUAUAGUCUUUAAUUGAUAAUCUGUGACAGAACUAUUAGGCGAUAUCUUUUAAUGUUAAUAGUAUUAAGGAUAAUCUGUCACUCACGCAACUAGUGUUUUUUUAAUAAUAAUAGAGCUUCGAAUGUCGUGCUAAAGUCUUGAUGAGUUAGAUUAACAGUAUUUUUUCCUUGUUCUGCAUUUCUUAUCAAUUCAUCUUUGUAUCUGUCAACUUUUUAACUGUGACAACUCAAAAAUGGCUGAGAUUAUUCUCAGUUUUGUCGUGGAACAAACUCUUGAGAGGAUCCUUGCACUUGUCACCGGCGAAAUCGAACUUUUCCGGCAGAAACUCACUGGACGAAGUUCGUGACAUACUGCUGGUUGCUGAAGAGAAGCAGGAGAAGCUUAAACUCAAGAGUGUGAAUGGUUGGCUGAAUCAGCUCAAAGAUGCUGCUUAUGAUGCUGAAGAUGUUCUCGAAGCGGUCAUCUAUGAGGAUCUUCGUCGAAAAGCAGAGAAGCAAAACCAAGAAAACCAGGUACUCCAUUUUAAUCCACUCCCAAAAAUCACUCGUUUUACCAAAAAAGCUUGCUUUCGCGCAAAAGUUGCUCAUAAAAUUAGGAAUGUGAAUGAGUUGUUGGAUAAGAUUAAAAAUGCCAGUGCCUUUGGACUUCAUGUAAUUACUAGAGAAAGAACAGUGUCACAGAUCGACUUGAACCGAGUGACUGACUCGGUACCUGAAAACCCUAUCCUAGGGAGGAAGGAUGAUGUGUCUAAAAUUGUUAAGUCAUUGACUAGCGUUUGUGGUGAAGAAGUUCUUGCCGUCAUUCCCAUUGUGGGAAUGGGCGGUCUUGGAAAGACCGCAUUAGCUCAAUCCAUUUGCGAGAACGUAAUGGGGAGAUUGUUUGACGUAAAGAUUUGGGUCUGUGUUUCUGAUAAUGCUAAUGACCAGAAAAUUCUGGGGGAAAUGCUGCAAACUCUGAAUGGAAACAGAGGUGGGUUGACCAACAAAGAAGCCAUUCUUCAACAGCUUGAAAAGGAAUUAGAAAUGAAAAAAUUUCUUCUCAUUCUUAAUGAUGUGUGGGGGGAUGUAUCCACCUGGUGGGAUAGUUUGAAGACGCGUUUGUUGAGAAUCAGUCACAAUAAGGGAAAUGCCAUUGUUGUCACCACUCGUAGUGAGGAAGUGGCGUUUUUGGUGGAGUCUUCUUUUGAGCUUAGGCAUAAUUUGAAUGUGUUGACUGAUGAUGAUUGCUGGUCCAUUAUUGAGGAAAGAGUGAAAGCAAAUAGAGAUAUGUCCAUACCUUCAGAUUUGGAGGUGAUUGGGAAGGAGAUUGCAAGAAAAUGUAGAGGAGUGCCCUUAGCUGCAAAAGUUUUAGGUGGGACAUUAGGUGGUCUUGAGAGGAAAAAACAAGCUUGGGUGUCGAUUAAUAAUAGCACUGUUUUGGAUGCAGCCGAUCAUAAGGAUAAUGUGAAGUCAAUAUUAAAACUAAGUUUUGAUCAUUUACCUUCAUAUUUGAAACAAUGCUUUGCAUACUGUUCAAUUUUUCCUAAAGAUCAUUUGCUUGAAAAAGAACAACUAAUUCAGCUUUGGAUGGCUGAAGGUUUUGUCGAGCCAUGUAAUGCGGAUGUGGGCAAUAAGUACUUUAAUGCCUUACUAUGUAACUCUUUCUUCCAAGAUGUGGGAAGGGAUGAAUUUGAGAAUAUCGCAAGUUGCAAGAUGCAUGAUAUUGUGCAUGAUCUUGCGACGUCUCUUUCCAAGCUGGAAGUAUUGACUUUAGAUAACUUUUCAUCUGGAGUCGAUUUGUCUUGCAUUCGCCGUUUAAAUUUAGAAAGUCAAAAGGCAUCAAGUUUAAGUGUGAUUCAUGCUCGAAAAUUAGGCACUGUCUUCUUACUGAAGGAUAUGGUCGUUGAUGAGUCAUGGUGGAAGUUCAAAAACUUGCGGACUCUAAAUUUGAAAGGUGCCAGGAUAAAGAAGUUGCCAUCUCCAAUUGGUGACUGUAAACUCUUGAGAUAUCUCGAUGUCUCUUACACUAAUCUUGAAGCGUUGCCUGAGUCUAUCACCACUCUUUAUGGUUUGCAAACUUUGAGAUUCCUUGAAUGCUUGUGGCUUAAUGAGCUUCCUAGAGAUAAAAUGAGCAAUCUAGUGAGCUUGAAAAAUCUUGAAUUUUCCAAGGAUGAGCAGAUGCCGAGUGGAUUGGGGAGGUUAACUUGCCUUGAAAGCUUGCCAUUAUUUGUUGUUGGCAGUAAUUGGGGAGGGAGCAUUCAAGAAUUAGAAGGCUUGAAUGAACUAAGAGGAAAGUUGACCUUAAAACAUCUCGAGAAUGUGAGAGACAAAGAAGAAGGCAUGAAAGCAAAUCUAAAGAUGAAGAAGAAGAUAACAUCCUUGAAAUUUGUGUGGAAUCGUGGAUCUAUAAGAAGUAGCAACAAUGAAGAGGUGUUGGAAGCACUGGAACCUCAUCCAAACAUUGAGAGCAUAAUGAUCGAGUAUUAUAAGGGUGAAAAUUUUCCAGCAUGGGUGUUGACGAUGCAAGUUCCCGAUGAAGGUGGUAGUUGCGUGCUAUUUAAUAACUUGGUGGAGCUAACAUUAACUCGCUGCAGUGAAUGUGAACAAAUCCCAAGCCUCGGAUAUCUUCAAAGUCUUAAAUAUCUUAAGAUAAGUGAGAUGGAGAAAAUAAAAAUUAUAGGCAAUGAAUUUUAUGGCAUUGAUAGUGGUGGUGGCACAAGCAGUGGACAGAGGCUGUUUCCUGCAUUAAAAAGUAUCAGUAUGAGUUCUUUAGAUAAUCUAGUCGAAUGGAGGGCACCGGAGCUAGGUGACAGUGAGGCAGUUGUUGCUUUUCCUUCCCUUGAAAAGCUGCGUAUUGUUUCUUGUUCAAAAUUGGCAAAGAUCCCAAUGAAAAGUCUGUCUUUAUCCCUCACAAAACUGACAUUUGAAUGCUGUGAUAAGUUGAGUCACGACGAAAUCCAUUCAUUCACUUGUCUUAAAAGUUUGAAGAUAUAUAAAUGCAGUAAACUAACUUGUCUUCCAAGCACGCUGCAAUCCUUCACGUCCUUAGAGGAAUUGACUAUCUAUGGUUGCAUUGGGCUGACAUCUAUUCAUGAAGACUUGGGGAGAUUGAAUUCUCUCAUUUCCUUGGAUAUCUCAAAUUGUGAAAGUUUGAGUAAUUUUUCUGAGAAGAUUUUAGGCAGUCUCACCGGAUUGAAGAAAUUGCAAAUUGGAACUUUCUCAAAAAAGCUGGAAGAUUACUCAUAUAUGAACUCAAUCCAAAACAUUACUUCUCUUGAAAAUUUAUCAAUAUAUGGGAAAAAUCAGAAGUCUCUGCCACACCAAAUCCAAUGGCUCACUUCCCUCGAGCAUUUGGGCUUAUGGUGUUUUGAUAAAUUGGAAUUUUUGCCAGAGUGGUUGGGCAAUAUUUCCUCUCUUCAAACCCUUGUUAUUUCGCCUUGUUCCAAGCUGAAGAGUCUACCAACAGCAGCAGCAAUGAAACGCCUCUCCGAAUUGAGAGAGGUUGGGAUUUAUUGCUGUUCUAAAUAUUUUAUGGAAAGUUGCAGGAACAAGAGUAGCUUUGAGGGGAAUAAGAUUUCUCAUGUUCCCCAAGUCAUAGUCGAUUAAUAUUGUUUAUUUUCAUAAAUUGGGAUAACAGGUUCAUUCGAUUGUAGUAUUAAGUUCAUAAAUUGUGCUACUUAGCUUUUUAUGCUACUUCAUCUCAUAUUGGGUUUACUGAAAUUUUAAAAUUUGUGCUACUUAGCUUAUUAUGCCUUCCAUGGAAAUUUCUGCAGAAGACUGAUAUUCUUGCAGGAAUUCCCUAAGAUUUUUUUUUUUUUUUUGAAAAUGAUCAUGAAUGCUUUGCUAAAUAUGGUGUAAGUUAUUAGGAAUUAUGUUGCUUUUUUAUGCUUGCAAAAAAAGAUUCGUAUUAUUAUUUAGCUGCUGAAAUUGGAAUAUAGACAAAACUUGUUGCAUUAGCUAUAGUCAUCAGUGUUGUCAUGUAAAUUAAGAAAAUCUGAGAAAUUGCAGAUGUUUUGUUGAAUUCAGGAGAUGGAGGCGUAAUCUACUAAUUUUAUUUAUCUUAUUGAUGUUUCAGUUGUUGGAGGUUGAUUCAAGAUCUAGUAGAAUUAUUAAUUAGUUGGUUAAUUCGAUUAAACCAAAUAAUUAUAACUGAAGAAGUAACCAAAUACUUAAAGACCACUGAUUAUACUAAAGUCCCUUUGAAAUGUGCAAACUGAUUAGGCCUGACUUGAUUGCUGAAAUUGAUAAUUUCCACAGCUUAUAUCGCUCAUUGGAUGUGCGCUAUGAUAAUUUGAACGCUGAAUUGUACAAGAGUUUACCACCUGAAUUUUAU